GCAAAUGCCAGUGUCAUUUUCCAAUCAAGCAGAAAGUGUAUUAUUAUAUCUGCGUAUGUACACCUUCGUAAAGAAAUAUAAAAGCGUUUAGAUCAUUAAAGACACUUUUAUAAGUAUUUCUUAAUAGAGAGAGUACUAUGUAAAGUAAAAAUAAUUAGCCCGCCAAACGCAAUCAAAACGUCCAAAGGUUAGCAUAAUCAGCCCACCGUCUCGCUCCCACUCCAACCAUCUCCUCUGCCAUCUCCCUUCCCUUCCCCCGAAGCUGCCAGCAGCCAGCGCCGCCAACCCAUCCUACUCCCGCUGCCGUGGCUCGCCAGCCGCCUCUCCCCCCCUACAAAUCCUCCUCAGAUCACAAACCGCUGCCCACCACUACUCAUCCUCCUCACGCACGCGCUUACUCUUUCUUGCUUCCAUCAAGAGACCCACAGAGAGCCGAGCAUAGUUAGGCAGCCGGCCAGCCAAGAACCUGCCAGCGCCCAUGUCCGUGCAGGUAGCGGCGCCGGCGACGACGGCGUGGUCGUACGUGGAAUACAUGGCGCGGUGGGAGCGGCAGGUGGAGCGGCGGCAGCUGUUCCUCCGGAGCUACCACUUCUCCCGCGACGCCGACGUCUCGCCGCGCGUGCGCACGCGCCGCGUCGUCUGGGCAGGGGUGCGACGCCUGCGUCGGGCCGCCGCCAAAGGGCUCCGACGCCUCCGGGCGCGCAUCCGCCUCUGCUUCGGCUGGGCCGCGCCCGCGCUCCGCCGCCGCUCCUGGCCCCGCCGGGCCGGCUACGGGUUCCGCUACGGCCGCAUCCCCCGCGCCACGAAGGCCGCAAACGCCGCGUCCGUUUGCUUCUGGUAGGCAGGUCGUGAGCGCAAAACGUGGGAGCGCACUUGUUGGCUUCUAUGUUGAACUUGGGACGCCGUAAAAAAUAGUACUGAGAAUAGGAACAAGAAUGAGCAUCACAAAUUCAGUGCGAGUACUCAGCUAGUUUAGCUAAUGUGCCGAGCACAAGUGGGAUUCAGUGGUAUUUUAACUGCGUUUGGAGAAGCUGGGCGCCACUAACACGCAAAGAUUUUUAUC